AUGCGGGUGACAACUGAGACGCGCUGGUGGAGCUGUGCUGACCCUCCUGUUCUCUUUGUGUCCCAGCCUUUCUUCAGGCUUCUGAACCUCCGUAAACUGGGCCUGAGUGACAAUGAGAUCCAGAGGCUUCCCCCCGAGGUGGCCAACUUCAUGCAGCUGGUGGAGCUGGACAUCUCCCGCAAUGACAUCCCUGAAAUCCCAGAAAGCAUCAAAUUCUGCAAAUCUUUGGAGAUCGCGGACUUCAGUGGGAAUCCCCUGUCCAGGCUUCCCGAGGGCUUCACGCAGCUGCGCAGCCUGGGGCACCUGGCCCUGAACGACGUGUCCCUGCAGAGUCUGCCCAGCGACAUCGGGAAUCUGGCAAACCUGGUGACCCUGGAGCUACGGGAGAAACCUGCUGAAGACUCUGCAACCUCGCUCUCAUUCCUUGUCAAGUUGGAGCAGUUGGAUCUCGGUGGCAAUGACCUGGAAGUGCUGCCGGAUACCCUGGGAGCGCUGCCGAACCUGCGGGAGCUGUGGUUGGACCGCAACCAGCUGUCGGCUCUGCCGCCGGAGCUGGGCAACCUGCGCCGCCUGGUCUGCCUGGAUGUGUCGGAGAACAAGCUGGAGCAGCUGCCCAACGAGGUCAGCGGGCUGGUAGCACUGACGGACCUGCUGCUGUCACAGAACCUGCUGGAGGGCAUUCCCGAUGGCAUCGGUCAGCUGAAGCAGCUCUCCAUCCUCAAGGUGGACCAGAAUCGGCUGACGGAGGUGACGGAGUCCAUCGGGGACUGUGAGAAUCUGUCAGAGCUCAUCCUGACAGAGAACAUGCUGACAGCCUUACCCAAGUCCCUGGGGAAGCUGACCAAGCUGACAAACCUGAACGUGGAUCGGAACCGUUUGACGUCCCUUCCAGCUGAGAUCGGGGGCUGCUCCAACCUGAACGUCCUGUCCCUGCGCGACAACCGUCUGGCCCUGCUGCCAGCAGAGCUGGCCAACACCACCGAGCUGCACGUGCUGGACGUGGCAGGAAACAGGCUGCAGAAUUUGCCCUUUGCUCUGACAAACCUUAACCUGAAAGCCUUGUGGCUGGCGGAGAACCAGUCCCAGCCCAUGCUGAAAUUCCAGACGGAGGAUGACGAAAAGACGGGAGAAAAAGUCCUGACGUGCUACCUGCUCCCCCAGCAGCCCUCCCCUAGUCUGGAGAACCUUCUGCAGAACAGCGUGGAUGAGAGCUGGACCGACACCAACCUAAACAGAGUCAGCGUGAUUCAGUUCCUGGAUGACCCCAAAGGAGACGACGAGGAGGAGGCUGGGGCUGAGAGGCGGGGCUUACAGCGCAGAGCAACCCCUCAUCCCAGUGAACUGAAAGUUAUGAAGAAGGUGAUUGAAGUUCGGCGCAGCGAGGUCUCUGCUGCAAAGCCUGGUGCAGACCCGAAUUCAUCCAACUCAGAAGAGAAGAGGCUGAGCGCCACGUCCAACCGCAGCGAGGACUCCCACCUCUCCAACAGCACCGCGGAGGAGCAGGGGGACGAGAGGCAGCGGGGCCGGCCCAACGGGCAGGUGCUGGAGGGGCAGGAGCUGGAGAAGGAGGCCAAGCAGGGAGCUGCAGAGGAGCCAAAGGAAGCUGCUGUGCAGGAGGAUGAAGAUGCGGAGGUGGAAUACAAUGAGCCCACUGUACACUUUGCUGAGGACACGCUGAUAAGGAGUGAGGAUGAAGAUGAAGAUGAGGAGCGGCCGUUCCCGGUGGAGAAACAGAGGCUGAUCCGCAAGGACACUCCCCACUAUAAGAAACACUUCAAGAUAACGAAGCUGCCCAAACCAGAGGCCGUGGUGGCGCUGCUGCAGGGGCUGAACAGCGACGGAGUCCCCAAGGAGGAGGAGGAGUUGGGAGGCUGCAACAACAACGCGGAGCCUGAGGAUGAGGAGGAAGCGUGGGAUGAAGACGACAGAAAGAACGGGUCGUUGUCUGCUCAGCCCUCCGUGAAGGGGGUGUCGUUUGAUCAAGCCAAUAAUCUGCUGAUUGAACCUGCUCGCAUUGAGGAGGAAGAGCUGACACUGACUAUCGUGCGGCAGACGGGGGGGCUGGGCAUCAGCAUCGCAGGGGGCAAAGGCUCCACCCCCUAUAAGGGUGAUGACGAGGGCAUCUUUAUUUCCCGUGUCUCAGAGGAGGGACCUGCAGCUCGUGCAGGGGUUCGUGUUGGGGACAAGCUUCUGGAGGUGAACGGUGUGUCCCUGCACUGUGCGGAGCACCACGUGGCCGUGGAAGCGCUGCGCGGGUCGGGGAGCUCCGUGUCCAUGACGGUCCUGCGGGAGCGGAUGGUGGAACCGGAGAACGCCAUCACGGUCACCCCGCUGCGCCCCGAGGACGACUACAGCCCUCGAGAGAGGAGAGGAGGCCUCCGCUUCCCAGAGCGACCCGAGGGGGCCCCUCCCACUGAGAGAUACUCCACCUGCUUGAUGCGCAAUGAGAAGGGUCUGGGCUUCAGCAUCGCGGGUGGCAAAGGCUCCACGCCGUACCGGGCUGGUGACACGGGCAUUUUCAUCUCACGGAUCGCGGAGGGAGGCGCAGCCCAUCGGGACGGGAUCCUGCACGUAGGAGACCGGGUCAUCUCGAUCAAUGGGGUAGACAUGACAGAAGCCAGGCAUGAUCAGGCCGUAGCGCUGCUUACCGCAUCCUCCCCCACCAUCGUCCUGCUGGUAGAGAGAGAGGGUGCAGAGCAGCCCGACGAGGGAGACGCGCCUGGCGCACCGUGGGUGCGCAUGCACUCCCCCCCACCACCCCCCAGCCAUGGGGAGAGCCCACCGGAGGAGACGCCUUCGCUGCAAAGGAGCCAGCUCUCUAAAGGCCUGGAGGAUCAGUAUCCCAUUGAGGAAAUUCACCUGGUAAAAGCAGGUGGUCCCCUGGGGCUCAGCAUCGUGGGAGGCAGCGACCAUUCCAGCCACCCCUUUGGGAUUCACGAACCGGGGGUUUUCAUUUCAAAGGUCAUUCCCCGUGGGUUGGCGUCUCGCAGCGGGCUCCGGGUCGGGGACAGGAUCCUGGAGGUGAACAGCAUUGACCUGCGCCAUGCGACCCACCAGGAGGCGGUGAACGCUCUGCUCUCCAACACGCAGGAGCUGACCGUGGUGGUGAGGCGAGAUCCGCCGCCGCCCGGCAUGCAGGAAAUAUGCAUUGAAAAGGCUCCAGGAGAAAAGCUGGGCAUCAGCAUCCGGGGUGGAGCGAAGGGUCACGCUGGAAAUCCCUUUGAUCCUACUGAUGAAGGCAUCUUCAUUUCUAAGGUGAGCUCCUCUGGGGCUGCAGCGCGGGACGGGCGGCUCAAGGUGGGAAUGCGGAUCCUGGAGGUGAACCAUCAGAGUCUGCUGGGGAUGACGCACACGGAAGCAGUGCAGAUACUCCGCAGCGUGGGCGAUGCCCUCCUGGUGUUGGUGUGUGACGGCUUCGAUCCCAAGGCUGCAGCUGCCAUUGAGAUGUCUCCAGGAAUUAUUGCAAACCCUUUUGCUGCUGGCAUUGGGCGCAAGAAUAGCCUGGAAAGUAUCUCAUCUAUUGACCGGGAUUUAAGCCCUGAGGAGCUGGAGGUCCUGCAGAAGGAGAUGGAAAUGGUGAGAGAAGCGACUCAGUGGGAGAGAGAAGAAAUGGAGAAAGUGGAGUGGAUGCGUAGGGAGCGGGAGGCGGCCACGCGGCAGCUUGAGGAGGAGGCGGCAGAGAAUGUCACGAGUGAACCUUUGCGAAUGGACUAUCGGACCCUGGCUGCUUUGCCCAGCAGUGGCUCGCAGAGAGUCAAUCGCACUCCUGCUCAGUGUGAUAGGGCCACCUCCGGCACAGGGAGUGACUGCGCUAUGCUGUCCCUGCCGGCACCACAGGACAGCCAGGACUGCUCCCCAGCAUCCCUGACCGCCAGCCAUGAGCCUGGCCCCCCCCAGGACCCCGCGUCGCUCUGUCCGCGCACACGUGGGGCAGAAAAGCCCCCUGUAGAUGAACGGGAUCCCACCCACGGCUCCCAGCCCCAGGAGCCGGAGGCGCCGGAGCCAGAGUGCAUGAUCGACUCGCAGCCCAUCCUGUUCAGCGAGAACCCCUUCGUGGUGGCCAACCGCAGGGGGAAGGCGGCGGGCAGGGCCUGCCUGGGGGGCCCACCGCUGGGCUAUGGCAGGGAGGGAGUGCUGAAGACCAACCUGUACUCCAAGGCUCCUGAGCCGGGGACGGGAAAUUCGAGGCGAGAAACCCCCUAUUCUCCCAGUAACCAGCAGAUGCCCGCAGCUGCUCGGCCAGGCAGGGAGACACGCUUUGCUUCCAUUAAUUUCAUAGCAUCGCAGGAUGACAGCAGAUCACAGACCAAGCCAGGCGUCAUUCAGCCUCUUUCUCGAGUGCGACAAAAUGCAGCCUCGCAUAACUCGGAGGACGGGGACAGCCCCAAUCCCUUCCAGCAACCCGAGCCAUGCUCCAGUGUCCAGAGCUCUCCAAAGCCACCGUCACCACCCUCUCCCGAUGAGAUUCCCAUCAAUGUCAAGCAAGCAUACAAGACUUUUGCAGCCGUGCCCUUGUCACACCCUCUGCUCGAGACGCAGGUGCCAUCGCAGAGCGGACUGCACAGCCCUGAGCAGCGAUCCUUCCGUGAGAGGCAGAAAUACUUCGAAGUGGAGGUGAAGCAGCAGCAGGUGGAUAAACCUCCCAAACGUGUCUCCUUGGUGGGAGAAGAUGACCUGAAGAAAAUGAAGGAAGAGGAAGCUCGAAAACUGCAGCAGAAACGCACCCUUCUGUUGGAGGAAGAAGCGGAAGAGGACGAGAUGGUAAAACAAGUGCCUGAGAUGAGCAUGCAGUCCACUGUCAUCAUUGAAGGAGUCGAGUACAAGAUUGAGAGGCUGAAUGGAAGGAGCAGCCAGGCUCCAGCAACUCGGUCCUCAGAGGUGAAUGAGAACAACAGCUCACAGAGGAAUUCACUGGAGGAAGGGAUGAAGCCUGAACAGAGAACAAACUCCAUGACUGGGUUGAGUCCAUUAAGUCUUGCAGCAGGGGACGCAUUGGCCCCGGUGCGGACGGCCAAAGCGGAGCGGCGGCACCAGGAGAGACUGAGGAUGCAGAGUCCUGAGCUCCUGAGCAGCCAAGAGAAGGAACUUUCCCCAGCAGAACGUCGUGCUCUGGAGGCAGAGAAGCGAGCGAUGUGGAGGGCAGCACGGAUGAAAUCCCUUGAGCAGGAUGCUCUUAAAGCCCAAAUGGUCAUUGCCAAGUCCAAGGAGGGAAAGAAGCGCAGCACCCUGGAGCAGGUGACAGAGUCACCUUCACCCGUUCCUACCCCGUCACCAACACCACUGGAAGAUUGCAGUCCCAGGAACGUCACUUCACCAGGAAGGCUGUCCAUGUCUGAAAAGAAGUUUGACUACCGGGAAUUUGCUGCUAUUCCUUCCUCCAAACCUGUUUACGAAAUCCAGUCGCCUGAUGCAGCUGAUGACCUCAGAUAUGUCGAGGACAGAAAUAACUCAGUUCCUCAGGAGCAAGAUGGACAGCCAGAGGAGGAGGAGAUGCUAUUAACACGUGAUUCAUCAACACCAACUGCAUCUGCACUUGAAGAGAUGGCUCUGUACAGCAGCAAACGCAAACUCCGACACAGCCGGCGCAGCCUGGAGACCGCAGUCCCGACGUAGGCGAUCCGAAGCUCCUGGGCUUUGGGAUGGCCCAACAUGGGGCUCCUGAACUUCCCGUGCUCCAGGAGUAGCACCAGACUGCCCAUAGCGCUGCCUCCUGGGCUCCGGAUGGAACUGAGCACCCACCCCAGGAGUGUUGUGGUCAACCGACUUCCUUAAGGCUGUGAACCGCCCUACUUUUCUCACCCAGUGGCGCACUGGGGCACGUCCUAACCCCAAAUGGGAUGGCACGGGACUGAUGGAUGGCUAACCUAGAGGAAGCGUGGGUAGGACAGAAGGCAGCUGCAGUUUGUUAGCCUGUAAAUAGUGUGGGGGGAGGGGGGUGGUAGGACAAGGAGAACAUAGAGUGUGAGUGUGUUGGGCUCCAGCUGUUAUUUCCUCAACUCGGAUCUUUUGUUUAAUGGUUAAUAUGAGAGCUUCUACUCUGGUCUGAAUGAGAAGGAAGUUCCAGCCUUCACUCCUAUUUAAUUUCCAGUCUUUUGCCAAGAAGCAUCUUCUUCCACCUCCCACACUGUGUCACCUCACUUUCUUUUGGGAGUGUGUGGAAGCUUGGAGGCAAAAAAAAAGAAAAAAAAAGAACAAAAAAAAAGAAAUUUUAGUGAAGUGCCUCCCUCUGACACUGACACCUGUGUGCUCAAAGAAGACUGAAUGAGCCGGAGCCUGUGCCAGCUCCAGGAAGCAUCAGCUCCAUUCCGUUGCCUCUGUGAGCGCAGCAUCUGUCCCAUGCAGGGAACUGCUCCUACCUGCAGUGUUUGACUGUCCUGGGAGACGGGUAUCUACCCCGGGCACACAUCUUGGUGUGCACAUAGUGUGAACCACUGGGUGUCAGACAGGAAUGGGUAUUUUUCAGCUGUCCGCAUCACAUGGGGGUGAAUGGGGGCAGGAAUGAGAAAGGAGUUGAAAAGCUGUAGGAGUGAUAGCAAUGUGAGUGUAUGGCAGCAAUAGCAAGCAGAAUAGCGAGGGCUUAGGAUACGGUGGCAGAGGUGGGAGGUGUAAACAGCAAAUAAGGUAGGGGGUUAGGAUUCAGGUAAUGGGGAAGGGUAGGAAGUGGCGUUGCUGGGGUCAGGUUAGGACUAAUGGGGUCUUACAGGUAGGAUGCUGGUGGGUGAGUCCCGCUGGCUGUGAGAUGAUAGGUGAUGUUGUGAGGGUGCCUAUGGGGUCUGAAGGAGUGACUGCCUGCCAGACAGGGAGCACGGUGGGGUGGAAUGGAUCUGGGAACAACCUGCAAUAAGCACACGGUGCUGCUCUCUGCCAGCACGUUGACUUCAGGCCCCUGUCUGCAUAGGACGGGGCAAACACGUGCUUGUCUGAGCAAGAGGAAAAAAGAAAAAAUGAAAAAAGGAUGGGGGUGUGAUUCCUGGCUGCCACACAUGGAACAGUGGCUGUGAGCAGUUUGCAUCCAGCGUGCUCUACAGACGUGGAGGAGGCUGGUGCUGCUCACAGCUGAUCAGUCUCUGCUGCUCUACUGCCCACUACUGAACUAAAACAUCCCUGUUCCUUUUUUCUUUUUCUUUUUUUUUUUUAAUGGAUUUUGUUUGGUUUGGGUUUUCUUUUGUUAAAGCCUCCAAUACAGAGAAAGGCAUCAGAGUUCAGCAGUCUUUGAUCUGUCCAUCCAGAUCCAUUGGUGCUCUCUGCUGAACUCCAGCAGUAAGGCCAGGGCUGAACCUCACCUGGGACGUGGCCUGGGAGCAGCAGCCACUUCUGCUCAUGCAUUUGCUGACUGACUGGAUGCAUUUUUUUUAUGGUUGAGAAUCUCCCUUCAUGCCAAACUCAUUUGAACUGACUCCACGUGGUUUAAUUGGACAGGGCUCUGAAGGGGGAACUCGGAUAUCUCAAGCUGCCGCUACGGCUGCUUCCAUCAUCAGCAAUUGGAGCUUUUCCUUUUUGAAACCUAAUUUUAGCAUAUGCUUUUUAACAAGAGCAGUUUUGGAAACAAUCUUGGAUUUGUUUUGGUGACUAACGUGAUUCUUUCUCCUUUCCCUUUUUGGUACCCGCUGCCAGGCUCUGGGUUCUCUCCCCUUCUCUCCUGAGAGACUCUGAGGGAAAAUUAAUUAGCGCAUCAAGACUGUAACUAGUGACAUUUGUACAACCAAAGAAAUCUAUUUUGUGGUUCAAGGAUAAUAAAGUUUACUUUACGUUUUAGAA